AUGGUUGUCCUGAGGGUAAGGAAUGUGCACAAACGGAAAUAUGCACUCAUCUGCCUCUGCCUUGUUGGCUUCAUCAUGUACAGAUAUUUUAGGUCAUCCUCCAGCAUGCCAGCCAAGGGCCGGAGGCUGAGCAGGAAGGUGGGCCUCGCCGCCAACACGUCCCAGUUCACCCUGGAAGGAGAGCCUUUCCGCAUCCUUGGGGGGUCCAUCCACUAUUUCCGGGUGCCCAGGGCGUACUGGAGGGACCGUCUGCUGAAGAUGAAGGCCUGCGGCGUCAACACCCUCACAACAUUCGUGCCUUGGAGUCUGCACCAACCAGAGAGGGGGGCCUUUGAUUUCAGCACUCAGCUGGAUUUAGAAGCCUACAUCAGUCUGGCAGACGAACUGGGGUUGUGGGUGGUUUUACGUCCAGGGCCUUACAUCUCCUCCGAGCUGGACCUGGGAGGACUGCCCAGUUGGCUUCUCCGAGACGGCAGCAUGAAGCUGAGGACAACGCACCCAGGGUUCACUCAGGCCGUCAACGCUUACUUUGACAAACUCAUACCGAAAAUGGUUCCACUGCAGUUCAAGAAGGGAGGUCCCAUCAUCGCAGUGCAGGUGGAGAAUGAAUACGGCUCAUAUGCCAAGGACCAAAGCUACAUGCUUUUCAUCAAAGAGGCUCUACAAUCAAGAGGAAUCAGCGAGCUCUUACUCACAUCAGACAACCACAAUACAUUGAAAUCUGGGGGUGUGGAAGGAGCCGUCCGGUCCCUGAAGCUGCAGAAGCUGAAUCAGAGAGACAUCCAGGAUCUGAUGGCCGUCCAGCCUAACGGCCCCACCAUGGUGAUGGAUUACUGGACCGGGUGGUACGACGUGUGGGGGGACCUCCACCAUGUGCUGCCCCCUGAGGAUAUGGUGUCCACCGUAAGGGAGAUUCUGAGGAGAGGCAUGUCUGUCAACUUGUACAUGUUUCACGGAGGAUCCAGCUUUGGAUUCAUGAGCGGCGCCCUGUCUGAUCCUUCCUACAGAGCAUUAGUCCCCAGCUACGAUUAUGACGCUCCAUUGACCGAAGCUGGGGAAUACUCCCCCAAGUAUCACCUCCUGAGGGAUCUGCUCUCUCGAUACAACAGAGGGGACCCUUUCCCUGACAUGCCUGCUCUGCACUACAGGGAGGCCUAUGAACCAGCGAUUACCUACCAUCACCUGUCCUUAUGGGAGGCUUUGAGUUUCACUGAGGAACCAAUCAAGUCAGAGAAGCCCGUCAGCAUGGAGAAUCUACCCGUGAACAACAGAAAUGGCCAGUCAUAUGGCUACACCCUGUAUGAGACUAAGAUCAGUCGUGGAGGACUGCUGAAGUCCGGAGACAAUGUUCGAGACCGUGCCCUGGUGUUUGUAGACAGAGUCUACAUCGGCCUUUUCAAGCGCCAGAGCCUGGAGCUGGCGGUCCCUGAUGGUAAGGAACGGCGUACGUUGAGUUUAUUGGUGGAGAACUGCGGCCGCGUUCACCAGGGAAGAGACCUUGACAAGCAACAUAAGGGACUAGUGGGAGACAUUUUAUUAAACAAUGUCCCCUUGCGGGAUUUUACAAUAUACAGCCUGGAUAUGAAACCCAGCUUUAUUGAUAGUCUUUACCAGGCACCUUGGAAAAGUCUUCCUGAAAAUCCCGUGUUUCCUGGGUUUUUCAUGGGAAGGCUGUUUGCAUAUGGAUAUCCCAGCGACACGUUCAUGAAGCUGCCGGGCUGGGAAAAGGGCGUUGUGUUUAUCAACGGUCUGAAUCUGGGCCGGUACUGGUCCAUCGGCCCUCAGCAGGCUCUGUACCUCCCAGGCCCGUUCCUCAACAGUGGAAUCAAUCAGGUCCUUGUGUUUGAGGAGCAGGAGGGAGACUUCAAGGUCCACUUCGAGGACAUGCCAGACCUCGGCAUGGCAGCAGACAUUCAGUGA